AUGGCACCCGACGAUAAUCAGCCGCUCGUCCCCGGCACCGUCCACCUCGUCGACCUGGAGGGCACCAUGCGGGCAAAGCACGCUGUCGGCGCUCAGGCCCACGACAUCCUGCUGGUUCCCGCGCCCUCGGAUGACCGGAAGGCUCUCAGCUCGACGUGCAUGUGCGUCUACACGCUCGUUGUGGGCAUCGCCUCGGCCGCCAUCUACUCGGUGCUCGAGCCCAUCAGUGACGCAACAGGCCUGACUCUGAACGACCUCAAUGCCGGCACGGGCUAUCUAUUCUUGCUCGCCGGCUGGGGCUGUCUGUUCUGGCAGCCCGUGGCCCUGCAGUACGGCAAGAGACCCGUCUAUCUGCUCAGCUGUCUCGGCACCAUGGCCAUGUGCCUGUGGGGGCCGUACACGACGUCCAACGGCCAGUGGAUCGCCAGCAAGCUCUUGCAGGGCUUUUUUGGCGCGCCCAUAGAGAGUCUGUGCGAGAUUUCCGUCACUGACAUCUAUUUCACACACGAGAGGGGGAGGUAUUUGGGCCUCUACGCCCUUCUGCUCGCCGGAAGCAAUUUCUUCGCCCCCAUCAUUGCUGGCUUCAUCAACGAUGGCCAGGGCUGGGAGUGGGUCUUGUACUGGUGCGCCAUCUUCUGCUUCGCCGGCUUCGUUUUUUUGCUCUUCUUCAUGGAAGAGACAAACUACGUCCGCCACACGCCCGGCACGCCAGUUGCACCACCGCCGGACAUGACGGAACACAAAGGCAUCCCCCCAUGCACCGUCAGCAGCACGCUCGAGUCCCACCCGGGCAUCGACGCGAACAAGCCGCGCAAGAGCUACGCAGAGAAGCUAAAGCUCUUCCAGCCCGCCGACUUGCACAAGCCCAACCGGCUCAAAGGCAUGGUUUACCGUCCGCUCGCAUUCCUGACCUUCCCAGUCAUCUUCUACGCCGGCUUCUCGUACGGCGCGAACCUUGUCUGGUUCAACGUGCUCAACGCGACGGCGUCGCUGAUCCUGGGCGGGACCUACGGCUUCUCGGCAUCAAUGGUCGGCCUGUCGUAUGUCAGCCCGCUUGUGGGCGUCGCCGUCGCGAGCUGGUACACGGGCGUGCUGGGCGACCGCUUCGUGCUGCGACAGGCGCGGCGCAACGGCGGCGUGCUCGAAGCGGAGCACCGGCUGUGGCUCUUCGCCCCAAGCCUGCUCCUGAUCCCUGGCGGUCUACUGCUCUGGGGCGUGGGCGCUAGCGAGGGCGUGCAUUGGUUCGGCUGCGUCUUCGCGGCCGGCGUCAUCGCGCUGACGAACACCAUCGGGCUGCAGCUGAGCGUGGCCUACUGCAUCGACUCGUACCGCGCGCUGAGCGGCGAGGCCGUGGUGACGGUCAUCUUGGUCAGGAACACGAUGAGCUUCGCCAUCGGGUACGGCAUCACGCCGUGGGUGCAGGGCAUGGGCCUGCGCAACUGCUUCAUCACGGCGGCAUGCGUCGGCCUGGCACAGUGCGCGACCUUCUUGCUGAUGGUGAGGUGGGGCAAGGGCUUGAGGCGGAAGAGCGUGGAGCGGUAUGCGAGGUACGUCGAGGAAAUGGCGAGGAGCGGCAUGGUUCACUGA